AUGUUAAUCUUGCAAUCAUCAGACAAAGAUGAAUUUGAGAUUGAGCAAUUAAUCGCGAUUCAACCAGGAACCAUAAAAAACAUGGUGGAGGACGAUUUCACUUUCAUACUACUCUCAAACGUUGAUAUAGAAACUCUAAUUAAAAUUAUCGAGUACAUGAAGAAGCAUGCGGAGAAGACAGAUUCAAAGGAAAAAGAUAUCAAAGAAUUCAACAAGGAUUUCGUGAAGAAGACAUUGAAUGAACUAUUUGUUCUUGUAUUGGUUGCAAAUUACCUUCACAUUAGCAGUUUAAUGGAGUUAUUAUGUCAGUUUAUUGCUGAUAGAGUUAAGGACAAAACUCCAGAGGCUAUUCGAAAUAUAUUUAAUAUAACAUGUGAUUUCACACUAGAGAAGGAAAGAAAGAUUAUUGAAGAUGAUAAGUGGGCACAUGAGGGAACAGAAAUUGAUGGAACUCUUGAUUAGAUUUAUUUAUGUUUCUUUAGGUUUGAUUAAAUUUAGGUUUUUU